AUGUACCUCUCCUCCGUCAUCCUGGCCUUCCUGGCCUCCAAAGCCCUCUCCUACGACACCUCCCUCGGCUUCAACACCCCGCAAACCAACGAAGACCGCACAAUCGACGAGAUCUACCAGGCCGCCCUCGCCGAGGGCGGCGUCGUGACCUGCUGGCACGGCGGCGACGAGGUCACCCAGCAAGACGGCCUCAAGCGCGCCUUCGAGACGCGCUUCCCGGGCAUGACGCUCAACAUCACCGUCAACAGGUCAAAGUACCACAGCGUCAACGUCGACCGGCAGCUCGCGCGGUCCGGCGGGGGACCCCUGGACGUCGACACCAUCAUCCUCCAGGCGCUGCAGGAUUACCCGCGCUGGGACGCCCAAGGCGCGCUGCUGCACUACGCGCCGGUCAACUAUAUGAAAGUCCUCGCGCCGUUUCGGCACAUCCGGGCCGCGUACUACGGCUUCGCCAUCAACGCAUGGUCGACGAUUUGGAACACGGAGAAGCUUGCCAAUCCGCCGCGCGAGUGGCCUGACUUUUUGAAGCCCGAGUACAAGGACAAGAUCGUCCUCACGCACCCCAGCGACGACGACGCCGUGGCUUACAUCUUCGACCUGAUCAUGAACCAGUACGGCUCAGAGUGGUUAGAUGGCUUCCUAGCCAACAACCCGCGCUGGGUCCACGGCACAGCCUCCCCGCUCGCCGUCCUCCGGCAGCCCAACAGCACGCAAUCCGUAACCUUCUCCGCUAGCAUCGGCCUCCGUCCCUCCGGCGCCCUGAACGUUUCCUUCCCCUCCGAGGGCCUCUUCGUAAGCUGGCCGCGCUCCGUAGCCAUCUUCAACGACGCCCCGCACCCGGAGGGCGCCAAGCUGUUCGCCAACUUCCUCCUCGAGGACGGCUUCCAACGCAACCUGACGCAGUGGAGCGCCCGGAAGGACAUCGCGCCUCCUGGUGGGUACCCGGGGAUCCUGGACGUGGAAUCGACCAACUCGGCCGAGUACCUGCGCUUCAUGGCGGACCGCGGCAGGGUCGAAGCGCUGCGGAUGAUGUUCGAGGAUAGGAUUGGAAUGCCGCAGGGCCCCAGCCCCCUCGUCGACGACCUUUGAGCUUCUAGUUAUCACCAGGCUACCCCAGGUCCGUGGGCGUAAAGCUCACGGGAAACACGCUGCAAUAUUACGUAUUUCCUCAGUUGUACAUUUUUCAGUCCGGCAGCUAGUAACCAUACCAAUAGAGCAAUUCGCUCAUUGAAUAUGAAACUAAUCACGUAAUAUCAGAGUCCAAACAAAAGGACCGCCCGUCUUCUUCCUCAACAUGCUACUCAAGGUAAGAAAGGCCUGCUCUCCCCUAGGUUUACACAGACCAACAUAGGAACCCUGUCUGUUAUCCAGAUGUCUUCCCAGCCCCUCAACAUCGCUGGCAACCAGGUCGUUACCAACAUCCUAGGACACCGCAAUAGCACCGCCGUCUUAGGCAUUCUAGAGCCUUCUUGUC